CUGCCAUUGGAGACCUGAGCAGAAAGUGCGUAGGCCUGGAGGACGCAGACGCAGGAGAUAUCGGAGGAAGGCGCCGACGAAUGCAGUGUCCAUCACUUUAGCUGAUGUAACUAGAUAGCGUAUGUUGGAAUCAGUUAUUAUAUUAUAACACAUUUUGUCAUUUAUAGAAGCGAAAGAAGGCGUGAAAAUGGGACAUACCGCAAUACCUAUAUUGAUGGCUGUAUUGUCCUACUGCAUGUGGGAAAACGUCGAGGCCCUGGCCAUGGCUGAGGUGAAUGGGCCAGGCCCCCUGGUGGCAGAGCCACAGAUUGCCAUGUUCUGUGGCCGUCAGCUACUGCACAUGAACACAGAGACUGGCCAGUGGGAGCCGGACCCUCAGGGACGCCAGGGCUGCUUCACCGAGCCCAGCCAAAUCCUGUCUUACUGUCAGGAGAUGUACCCAACGCUUCAGAUCUCCCAUGUAGAGGAGUCAUUCAGACCCGUAACCAUCCCUUCCUGGUGUAAGAAAGGUUUGGGCCACUGUCAGACACAUCCCUUCAUCGUUCUGCCCUACCGCUGCCUAGAGGGGGAGUACGUGAGCGAGGCCCUGCUGGUUCCUGACCGAUGCCGUUUUCUGCAUCAGGAGCAGAUGGAUGCCUGUGAGAGUUAUGUGUACUGGCACAACAUUGCCAAGGAGGCAUGCACAGCAGACAAUCUCGAACUCCACAGCUACGGGAUGCUUUUGCCUUGUGGAGACCGUUUCCGGGGGGUGGAGUAUGUGUGUUGCCCAGGUAGAGGAAGUUCCAGCGGUGUCAAAGGGGAGACAGAGGCAGGGGACACUCUUGCUGCUGGCUCUCAGACACUCACAUCUCAGAACAGUGGAAAACUCAAUUCUGUUGUCAAAGUGAUGCCACCCACACCAAGCCCCUCUCCUGACACAGAUAUGGACGAAGCAGAUAUGGAAGAGGAGGAUGAUGAGGUGGUGGAGGAGGAAGAAGAAGAAGAGGAGGAGGAAGAGGUGGAUGAGGAAGAGGAGGAGGAAGAGGAGGAAGAUGAAGAGGAGGAGGCUGGAGCGGUGAAGGAACCAGAGGAUUAUGAAUACCCAAUCGACUCGGGUCCCUACCAGGCCUCUGACUACCUGGACUCCUUCUACUACGAGAAAAGCCAGGGCCGCAAACCAAGCACCUCCCCACCUCUGACAAAGGGAGACAGCCUGACUACCCCUCGUCCCACAGAUGGCGUCGAUGUUUAUUUUGAGAUGCCAGGAGAUGACAGUGAGCAUGCCAACUUCCUGCGUGCCAAAACAGACCUGGAGGAGCGGAGGAUGAAGCGCAUCAAUGAGAUCAUGAAGGAAUGGGCGGAGGCAGACAAUCAGUCAAAGAAUCUGCCAAAGUCAGAGCGGCAGGCUCUAAAUGAGCACUUCCAGUCCGUGCUGCAGACCCUGGAGGAGCAGGUCGCUGGAGAGAGGCAGAGGCUGGUGGAGACUCACCUAGCCAGGGUGGAGGCCACACUCAACAACAACCGCCGCCUGGCUCUUGAGAGCUACUUGACUGCUGUUCAGACUGAGCCCCCACAGCCAGAGCGUGUGCUGCAGGCUCUAAAGCGAUACAUGGCUGCUGAGCAGAAGGACCGCAGACACACACUCAGGCAUUACCAGCAUAUUGAGGCUGUGGACCCCCAGAAGGCUGAGCAGAUGAAAUUCCAGGUGUACACACAUCUCCAUGUGAUUGAGGAGAGGAUGAACCAGAGUCUUGCAUUGCUGUAUAAAGUCCCUGCGUUGGCUGAGGAGCUGCACAAUGAUAUCCAGGAGUUGGUCAAGGCUGAGCGAGGAGACAUCAGUGAGCUCAUGACCACCUCCUUCUCUGAGACGCGCACGACUGAGGAGCUUCUGCCAGCUGAGAGCGAGGAGGAGAAAGAUGAUGAAGAGGAGGAGGAGAGGGCCUUCCAGAAUAGGCCCUAUCCUCCGCGUAUCGAGCCACAGCCUAAUAAGAAAGUGUCUGCAGUAGACGAAUAUGAUUACACCACAUCUGAAAGAAGCCCCACUUAUGAAUAUGAGGAAAAGAUCAACACCUCUGUGGAGCUCAAGCAGGUAGUCUACAAGUCUCCUGAGAUCCAGAGAGAUGAACUGCAACCUGAUGCCUUGGAGACAUUCAACCGCGGAGCCAUGGUAGGGUUACUGGUGGUGGCUGUGGCAAUCGCCAUGGUGAUGGUAAUCAGCCUUUUGCUGGUGCGCAGGAAGCCAUACGGCACCAUCAGUCAUGGCAUCGUAGAGCAGGUUGACCCCAUGCUGACCCCAGAAGAACGCCAGCUCAACAAAAUGCAAAACCAUGGCUACGAAAACCCCACUUACAAAUUCUUUGAACAAAUGAACUGAGGUGCUGGGGGUGACCUGCGGGUCAUGCCCAACCACUUGUUUUGCCCCCAAUCCCCACCCCCUCUCUUUAAGGUGGAGUCCCAGCCACACUUCCUAUGAUGGCUUUAUGAUGUAUUGCAACCAUAAAGUAACUAAACAAAUGGGGGUACGUCCCAAAACCAUUGUAAAUGACCAACAAUCUUCAUUACCAGAGUGUGAACAAUGAGAUAUGAUUCCAAGUCACGUCACCUAUUGUAAUCUCCUCCUCUGGGUUAGAGUCAGAGGAUUGUUCUUUCCAUUACCAGUGCCACAGCGUUUUGUAAUCUUGGAGACAUUCACGUGUCUAUACUCACCUCACAGACAGGAAUACCAUCUCAGUGGUGUGACUUGACCCAUUAUCCCUCAGUAGAAAUUGACUUAAUGUUGAACGGUGCAUAAUGCUUUAUAGUACUUAUUUUCCAUUAGAAUACCCUUUGUUAAAAUCGUACCACAGUCGGAUAUAUGUCUCUGUGUACAGGAGUAUGAAUGAAAAGCUAGGUAAAUCAUAGCAUAAUUCUCAAUUUAAGCCCCACUCAGUGACAACAGGGAGUGAAGCUAAUCAUCCAGCUACGCUUACCUCCAUGAGCUAAUGUUGGACAUUGCCUCGAAUACUGAGAUAUGACCGUUAAAUAGGAUUGUGGAGGUGUUUACUCUGAGUGAGUGGAGCAUUGUAGCUUCAUUUGCUUUCAUUAAACACAUAGAGCCAAAUAAACCACACUAGUCCAUAGAGAGCAAUGUGUUGGCGGUACAAAAAAAAACAAAAAAAAAAAACACUGGGCCGAUCACGUUGAUUUCUGAAGAUCUGCCCUCAAGUCAUUUGGCAAAAUGUGCCAAAUAUACCAUUCAACUAAUUUAGUCAGUGAAUGAGUUUAUUUUCCUUGUAUUGCUACUUAAAAGCACUGUAAAACAAAAUAAUGAAAAGUCCAUUAUUUUAAUGAAAGCAUGACAACUUGGUGUAUGAUGCUGCUGUAUUUAUUUGUGUUGUUCCUGUUAUUGCUUUUGAAAAGUUGGAAAUGUCACCGUUCAAAAUGGACAGUGUAAAUAACUUAAGAACAUACAUGCUACUAGAUAGACAUUUCUAUGAUUAAUUUGCAUUGGUGUAAUGGAAUAAUGCAUAAAAAAACAUAGUACAUUGUGCUGUUAUGAGAAAGAGAAACAUUUUCCUAACAUGGCUGAUUGAAAACGGACUGUUGUAAAAACCAGCACAAGACAACGACACAGUAACUUCUGACUGAAUGUAUUUAAGGUAGAUGUUGAGAUUCCAUCUUCUUUUCAGUAGUGCAUCAUUCCCCUCGUAGACCUCAUAGUAGUAGUCAAGUUCAACAUAUCCAGUAGACGAGCUACAUGCCUGAUGUCCCUCUCAUCACUUCCUGUAGUAGCCAAUUUAUUUUCACAUUUGGCAGGUGCGUGUCCAAGCGGUGGAGUUUAACGCUUUGCUGCAUUAUAUAGUCAAGUGGAGUGCUGACUGCAACGAGAGGCCACAGCUGCAGUAGUGUGAGGUGUCAGUGUGUGCACUGAGUCAUAAACACAGGCCGUGCUCAGGCAUGAUAAUAGUAAAACAUACUGUAUGUCUUUCAAUCUAGUGCUAUCAGUAUGCUGCCAACUUGACAUCUUAGACUCAAAAACACUGAAUGUUAGUACUACUGAUGCAACAUUUAAGUUACUAGGCUCAUAGAUAGCUUUUCACUGAAUGAUUCAUUCUAGUCUGUCAAACUUAUGACCAAUGUAGAACCCUGUAUAUGUAGGUAAAAAAAAUGGUUUUCCCCCUUUUUACUGUCUGGUGGUUAACUGCUUAGUGGGUUAGAUGGAUUUUCUUUAGUGACCUGCUAGCACUACCAAACCAUCUUGAGGAAGCUCACAUAUAAUAGUGGGAAGUUGCUUUUUAAUCAUCGGUCUUUAACUUUUAGGCCUAGUCCAGAUAGUCCAUACCAAAACCAGUUUCCGCUUAAUGUUUUAUUUACUGUGUAUUGAUGGAACCCUGCUUCACACAAUUGCAUUUGUCCAUUCCGAAGAGAGAUGUCUUUCACUCAUAACCUGUGCUUUUUCCUUUUUUCCUUUUUUUCCUCUCUUUUUUUUGGGGGGGGGGCUCUGAAACAAGCAAAAGGAGUUUGACUCUGAGAUGUAACUCAAAUUCACCAGAAUAAUCGCAGGUUUCGGUUGCGUUGCGACGGGCGAGGAGAAGACAUAACCCUUGUAUAGUUUGUACAGCUACGUUAGUGAAUGAAAAUGUUGUAUGUUCACAGUUUAAGUCAGUUUAUCUUGUAAUGAUACUACUGAAACCAUAGAUGAGAAUAAGCUUGCCUAUGUUCCCCUAACCACUGAAGGUUUCCUACCAGCAUUUAGCAGACAUAGAAUGGUGUAUACUGUAGUUACUCAGCUCACAUUUCUAUGUACGUCCUCUGUCGAAUUCUAGACUUCUUUGUUGGUCUGUCCCCUCCCAUCCCAAUGAAAUUUAAACAAUGUUAUUGAGAUUUUAAUUGCUGCAUUAUUGCCUUUUACAAUUCUGUGUUUUGGAUGUAAUUAUUAUGUAUUUUUCAUUUAUAUGUAAUAAUCAGUUGGAUCAAGGGUCAUGCUUUUCACCUGUAAUGUAAUUUUAGGAGACUGUAUCACAGUACAUCGACACCUAUAAGAAGUUCAGAAAUGUGAAUUAUAGACAGGCGUGAAUAAUAGAUGGCCUAUACCUAAUUGACAAGGUGUGGCACUAAGCACAACUACAACCAAAUUACGCCAUUCAUGUACUGGUUGCUUUAAGGAAGACAUGUAUCUAAAUGUUAGGUAUUGAUACUGUCUGUCUGGUUUCAAUUACAGUGUAUUGCAUUGAUUUUAGAGGUGUUCAUAGCAUCAUUGAGAGAGCUGUUCUUCAUUUUCAUCCAGGACGUGACCAAAGACAUGCUCUAGUACAGAUCAGAUCGAUAUUCUAAUUUGGCGAGUUGUCCUCUGUUGUGUAACUGUAUUUGCAAGCAAUCUGAGAAAUUAAAAUCUGAUCAAGCUAAUUAAUAGUGUAAUUAAAUAACAAAUGACCCAUCAAACACUG